AGCCACCAUCACUGCCAACAUCGAAUUUCCCCACCUUACCCUCUAUUGGGUACUUCUUUUAAGGCAUUUUUGAAGAGGACUGUUCAAGAUGUUCUCUUCAGCCCUUGGCCGGGUGGCCCGGGCGACACCGAGCACGUUAUCGGUGUCGUCUGCGGUCACAGCGCGAGCUUCUCCCGCCUCAAUGGCAGCCGCUGCCUCAACCCGAUCAAUCUCCGUUCGCAGACACCAGCGGCGCUAUUCUUCUUCGAAGCCAUCAAGUCCGCCAGAUGGAUCAGAAGGAAUCGAUGCUCAGCAACAGACGCCUAGCAACGGCUCUUCUGAGUCUCGGGUGGAUGGCUCAAAACGAAACGCCAACCGCCUCAAUCGGCGCAAAGCCAAAGACGCUGCCGCAGAGGCGACACACAAAGGGAAACAUGAGGCUUUCGUGAAUCUUCCCAGCGUUCCUUCGACACCUCAUCUUCACCCUUCUGACGUCGCCGUAUCAGCAUUCUUUUCCCUUCACCGUCCUAUUUCCAUCACCUCUUCAGUCCCAGCUGGCUCCACAUCCGCCUCCUUCAAUACCAUCUUUGAGCCUCGCACGAAGAACAACCGGCAACAUUCGGAGGUCAUUUCCACUUUAUCCUCCGCCGUCGACAGCCUUGAAGCCGCAGCGGGCUCUCAGCAGCAGACAGGUUAUACCAGCGAGGAAGCCGAACUGCGGGCCGCUUUAGCGCAAGCACAAAGUCUAGAUGUGAAGCAUCUUGAUGGAGCGCCUGCUCCCUCGUCGCUCCAGUUCCCUGGCCACCUUCUUACGGGCAAAUUCAAGCCCUUUUCUCCUCCGCCUGCUCCGCGCCCUAUGAAGCCCGCCGCGAAUGCCGAGGAGGCUGCUGCAGUCGCUGAAGAAGCCGAGGCUGCAACUUCGGCGCCGACGAAGCAGAAGUCGUACUCGACGGUCCUGACUAUCCUCGAGUCCACUAUGCCCGAUGGCGCCAAGACCUAUACGGCCCGCACGACACCGUUCGUCGCCGACGAGAACACUCCCCCCGCUCGCCGCUUCCUUGACCGUAUGUGGCUUCGCCAGGAGCGCUGGGAAGAUUCCCGCCGGGACAACGGCAGCACCAGCGUGGUGAUUGACGAGGCAUCCAUGCCUGAGCAGAUCAUCAUGGAGCCUACUGAGGCUCUGGAUAUGGAGGCUAUCAGUGUGAAGCGCCAGCGAAAAUUGAAGAUGAAGAAGCACAAGUACAAGAAACUCAUGCGCCGGACACGUAACCUGCGACGAAGACUUGACCGUAACUAGACUGGGCUCAAUUUCAAACGGAAAUGUCUGGAGUAUUUGUCUAGUCUUCUGAUGUUAUUUUCUUUUCUUUCUCUUUCCUCUCCUCGGACUUAGUUGCUACCCUUCCUUUUUCAUCUAUCACGCUUUAGAUCGUUAUCCAUUUUUUUUUUCGAUUUGGUGGCCGGUGUUGGUUGUCACGUUGAGUUCCCUUUGAGCUUACCCGCUAUCCUUCUCAAUACGUUUAAUGUGCAUCGGCAUAUGUUCUCGUUGUUCUAUUUGAUUAUCUCUUUAUUGGGACUCUCCAUUGGCAUCAUCACCGCACCUCAUCAUCAUCAUCAUCAUAUCAUAGCUAUUUACCAUUGAUAACCGUAUAUACAAAUUUCAUCCAUACUUCAUCUCACAGAA